AUGGCAGAUGAUGGAGAGUAUAAGUCAACGGAACAUAUCGAAACCAACGUCGAGGUCAACCCAGAGCAUGAAGACUCGGCAAAUGCUGUCGAAACUCUCCCUCCAAUCAACCCCUCAACAAUUAAAACGAGGAAAUCAGAAAUUACAACGAUGCCAUCAACCAUAAGCACACCAACGCAGCUCUCAACAGGAACAACCAACCAAUUAGAGUUUCUACAGGACAGAAUUAGAGAAUUCAACGCAAUCAACGAAGAACUGAGUGAAUUAAGAGCCUCAGAUACAACGCUGGAAGAACUCAACGGCCAAGAGGAGUAUCUAAAGGACGCCUGGAUCGAAUUUGCUGAUCGAUCACAGGCAUUGAUUGCAACUCUACCCGCAGAUCACAGCUAUAUGACGGGAAAAGUAUUUCUCAAAACAGGAGAAUUGAAACGUCAGACGCUGAAGAGGAUUUGGAAACUCAAAGGGGAAGUAUCAACGAAGGAGAAAUUAUCUGCUGGGAGAACAACAAAUAGUCAACUUAAACGAAUCGACCUCCCAACAUUUCAAGGUAGAUUUUCUCAAUGGAAAGAAUUUUCUGAUCUUUUCCAGAAUCUGGUUGGAAGAAAGCCAGACGUGUCGCCUGCAGAAAAGCUGGUGAGGCUGAAGGAGGCUCUUAAGGGACCUCCAGCUGAGCUCAUCUCAUCCUUUACCGCUACGGACGUCAACUAUGAGAAGGCAUGGGACAAACUUCAACGACAUUACGAAAAUCCACGUCUCAUCGCCGGACACUUAUUCAACAGGGUGGUUAACUUGCGACCAAUGGCUAAGGGAGAUGCCAAGGCCAUGAUCGACAACGCUCAUAUUGCUCGUGAGACGGUGGAUCAGCUGAUAAGCACCGCCGGGAUUUCCAAAGAAGAUCUGGGCGAGCAAUUCGUAUUUCACUUGCUCAAACGUUCCAUGGAGGCUGACAUACGCACCACAUGGGAACAGAAGCUGGGAACUUCAACGAAUUUCGUACCUCUGCAGGAGUUAGUCAACUUCCUGGAGUCAACAGCAAGAGGCAUGACUCCAGAUGAUCAACAUGACUCAACAAUUCCUCACAGGCCUAAGGAAAAACCUCAACGCGCAACACCAACUAGUGCACGUGUUUAUCAUGCCGCCGAAGCAACAAUUCAACGUAAGGAACCUCAGCAUAUUAAGCCUGCUGAUUGCUGUGGGUACUGCAACGCCAAGCACUUCAUUGAAAAGUGUCCAGUAUUCCUCAACCUCCCACCGCAGAAAAAACUGGAGCAUCUCUCAACAACACGGCUAUGCUACAACUGCUUCGGCACACACCUGGUGUCGAAAUGCAAGUGCACUAAAUCUUGCAUGAAAUGUCAACACAGGCAUCACACGUUGUUGCACAUGGACCCAACAGACAGAGAGAGACCAUCGACAUCAGCAAUCAACAGCAGUCCAGAGCAACAACCAACGAGGGAGGAAUCAGGUCGUCCAACAUCAACUCAGUCAACUAGAUCCAACGAGAAAUCAACAGAUUCAACGACUGACAAGGGGAUUUACGCCCCCCGAAGUCAAGUCGAAGAAUCGACUCAACGGAAUUCGAGCAACGUAGAGGACACUAAGUUCUCCCACAAAUCAACGGAUCAACGAUUAGUGCUCUUGGCUACGGCUAACGCCAGGGCAUUCUCCAAUAGCGGGUUCUACACCAUCGCAAGAAUCCUCAUCGACCAAGGCUCAGAGCUUUCAUUUAUUUCGGAAAGCCUGGUUCAUCAACUUCAACUACAACGACGACAUUCAACGAUCGAACUCAUCGGAAUUGGUGGAAAACACGCACGUUCAACGAGAGGGAUUGUGGCAGUCACGCUCCAAUCAACGAAACAGCCAUUUCAACAAGUUGAGAUCAACGCCCACAUCCUACAAAAGCUAACCUCACGGUUAUCAACGUUCUCAUGCUCAUCUGCAUCAAUCGGACCACUGCAGCAGCUUCAACUGGCAGAUGAGAAAUACUCAACACCUGGACCUAUCAACAUAAUUAUCGGAGCUGACAACUACGGGAAAAUCAUCGGCAACGGGAUUAAAAAAUCCAACGAUGAUCAAUUAGUUGGCCAACUAACAACAUUCGGAUGGAUCCUAUCCGGUCCAUUAUGCAACACAAAGUAUUCAACGAGGACCUCCUUACCCGCGGCAAGGGGAUCUUCUAACGAACAUUUAACGGAGCUUCUACAAAGAUUCUGGGUCCAGGAAGAACCACCAAUCUCAACAAAUACAACCAACGAGCUCACACCAGACGAACUAGAGUGUGAAGAACACUUUCAACGCACUCAUCAACGAAACACGUCAGGGCGCUACAUUGUGCGAUUGCCACUUCGCACAUCAACAGCAGCGCUCGGAGAAUCGAAGAGUAAAGCGCUUCGUCAACUCCAGUCGGUGAAACGAAGAUUAAGCGCUAAUCCUGACUACAAACCAGCAACAAAUUACUACCUGCCACAUGAUGGGGUUCUGAGAGAAGAUUCGCUAACCACGAAGCUUCGAGUAGUCUUCAACGGCUCCAACAAGACAUCAACGGGUAUCUCACUCAACGACAUCCUCCACGCGGGCGGAAAGCUCCAAGUGGAUGCAAUGGAUGUACUCACAUGGUUAAGACGACAUCGACUCGUCUUCGGCACCGACAUCGUUAAGAUGUUUCGACAAAUCAACGUACACCAUGACGAUUGGAAUCUUCAACGCAUUCUUUGGAUAGACGAAAAUCAACAACUUGUGACAUAUCAACUGACAACGGUCACAUAUGGACAGAAAUGCUCUCCAUGGCUCUCUUUGAGAGUUCUUCAACAACUCGUCAACGAUGAAGGUCAACGAUUUCCUGCAGCAGUGCUACCGUUAACUAAAGGCCGUUAUGUCGACGACAUUUACGGUGGAGCGGACUCUGAGGAAGAAUUCAAAGAAAUAGCAACUCAACUUCAACAGAUCUGCCAGGCAGGCGGAUUUCCACUUCAAAAAUGGACCAGCAAUCACCCAGAGAUACUCAAUCAACUCAACUUGUCAACGGGACCGGCAGGUACAGUGCAAUUCGAGGAAGCAGUCAUCAAAACGCUCGGAUUGUGCUGGCAUCCAGCAACAGAUUUAUUUCAAUAUAAAUCGAGAAUAUUCAACUCAACGAGCUUCACCAAGAGGGUACUGCUAUCGGAAAUACCUGAAAUUGUCGAUCCUCUUGGAUUCAUCGCACCAGUCAUUGUUGGAGGAAAAAUAUUCAUCCAAGAACUAUGGCUGCUCAAACUUAAUUGGGAUGAUCAAGUUCCAUUCGACUAUGUUCGAAGGUGGAAAGAGUUCAGGGAGGAACUCGCACAACUAAAUCAACUUUCCAUCCCAAGAUGGCUAAAUCUAUCGCCAACUAUCAUCAACGUACAAAUACAUGGAUUUGCCGACGCAUCAACAGCUGCCAUAGGAGCAGUCGUUUAUCUACGAGUUCAACGAGACAACGAAACACGAACAAUCAGCUUGGUGUGUGCAAAAACAAGAGUUGUACCACUGAAAAAGCUGACGAUUCCACGUCUAGAGCUAACCGUGGCCCUUCUGCUAACAAAAAUUGUGAGCUGGGCACAACAAACAUUGGAAGUCAACGCAGAAACGUACCUCUGGUCUGAUUCGUCUGUAGCUUUGGCAUGGAUCAACAGCCAUCCAUCGAGAUGGAAGGAAUUCGUUAACAAUAGAGUAACGAAAAUCCAGGAAGCAUUACCAACAGCCGUAUGGAGACAUGUCGGUGGGAUUUACAACUCUGCUGACUGCGCUUCACGUGGCAUCUCACCGAGUCAACUCAACGAACAUCACCUUUGGUGGAAAGGUCCUGACUGGCUAGCAAAACCGCCGUCAGCCUGGCCACAAAAUACAACCAGUUCUCCAACGGAGGUGUCUCUUGAAGAGAGACCAGCAACAGCUCACCCAGUAGCUGCUGAAGCUAGGCAGCAUCCACUGGCAGAGUUCCUCUACAGAUAUUCUACUUUAUCCAAAGUAUUACAAGUCACCGCAACGAUGAAUCAAGCCAUACAACGACUUCGAAGACAACCAACGCCCGAAUCACCAGUAUUAACAACGAUAGAACUCAACGAAGCGAGGACAUUCUGGGUUAAGGUAACACAAACCCAAUACUUUGAAUCUGUGUUUCAGAACCUCAACAGAGACAGCCAACUACCUCGCCAACAUCCAUUGGCCAAGCUCACACCGAGAAUUGAUGAUCAAGGAAUUCUCAGGCUUGGUGGACGACUAAAGAACUCAUUGCUUGAUCCAGACGAGACUCACCCAAUUAUCUUACCACGACAAUCUCGCCUGACAACGCUCAUCAUCAACGAGGCUCACCAGAAAACACUCCACGGGGGAGUUCAACUCACCAUGGCUCAUAUCAGACAACGAAACUGGAUCGUUGGUGGCAGAAAAUCAGUCCAUGCAUUAAUUCUGCGCUGUACUGUCUGCACCAGAUUCAGGGCAACACGAGCCCAACAGUUAAUGGGUCAACUUCCAACAUCUAGGGCAACGCCUUCAAGACCAUUCCUGCAUACUGGAGUAGACUAUGCAGGGCCAUUUCCAAUCUUCAAGUGGAGACCAACGAACGCGCAACCAUCAUCAGUUCAUAUAGCUGUUUUUGUGUGUUUCACAACCUCAGCGGUUCACCUUGAACUAGUCACCAGACAAACAACGGAUGCAUUUAUCGCAGCAUACAAACGAUUUACUGGAAGGCGAGGCAUUCCAGCUGUUCUGUACAGUGACAAUGCAACGACAUUUGAAGGAGCAGCCAACGAACUCAACAGACUCAACAACCAACAAUCUCCAGAAAAUCGACAAAUUAAAGCUGCUCUUGCCUUCAACGGAACCCAGUGGCAAUUCAUCCCACCAAAUGCCCCUCACUUCGGAGGCAAGUGGGAGGCCGCUGUCAAGUCAACGAAGUAUCAUCUACGACGAGUAUUGGGAACAACAACGUUAACAUACGAAGAGCUCAACACGAUCCUGGUACAAAUCGAGGCCUAUCUCAAUUCACGGCCUAUUGUCCCGAUGAGGGAUGAUCCAGAUGACCUUCAGGCUCUCACACCAAGGCAUUUCCUCAUCGGAGAACCUCUUCAACUACUCCCGGAGCCAUCUCAACUCAACACAAAUAUCAACAAAAUCACACGAUGGAAUCUGGUGACCCAGAAAAUACAACAAUUCUGGUCGAGAUGGUCCAGGGAGUGUCUUCAACGUUACCACUCCAUAUACAAGUGGAAUCAACAGCAACGUAACAUCAAGGUGGGAGACAUGGUCCUGAUGACCAAUGAUGAUCUCCCUCCAGCACGUUGGCCACUGGCACGAGUCAUUGUGGUAAGGCCAGGGGCUGAUGGACUAGUGAGAGUCGCAGAACUGCUCACAGCAACCGCAGAGAUCCCAACGAAUCCAGAUGGAUCACCAUCAACGCAGAACAUUCGGGUGCAACGACAUCAAUACACCCGACCAAUAGCAAAACUUUGCUUGCUACCAACGAACCCAACACCAGCAGACCAACAAGAUGACAACUAG